AUGUCACUCUACAUCAACACCAAGGCUAAAAUCAUGACCCCUGAAGGUAUAACCUUAGAAUUCCUUACCAACCUCGGAAUUCUCCAGGGCGAUGUUCUUGCACCUCUCAUUUUUAUCAUCGUCCUGGAUUUCAUACUAAGACUAGCAAUAGGGCCACGUGAUGGGUUUAAAGUUGGAAGUAACUACAUUGCUGAUUUGGACUUCGCCGAUGACCUAGCAACAAUUACUGACAGCUUCAGCGAAAAUGGCCGCAUUUGCCAAAGCAUUUCUGACAUAGCAGCCCGUUAUGGUCUCCUUAUUAACAUCGGAAAGACCAAAUACAUGUCCUAUAACAUCCCGCGACCGCCGACCUGUCAACUCUGA